ACUUUAACGAGCUAUUCAAAAUAUUCAGAUUGCGGCAAGUGAUAAUCUACCACCAUUAAUCCAAUCAAAGGAAUUUGGAUAGUCCUCACGCUAUCGAAGACACACACUAUCUCCUUACUUACAUUUGGAGAUUGGAAGUAUUUAUCAUAUCUAUUGGGAAGCAAAUCGCACAUUUGAUUGGAUCAUUAACAUAGUUCAUUUAUUAAAUGAGUAUGAAUAUUGUUUGUAAUAACCCUUUGCAAAAAAAAAAAAAAAAAAAAAAAAAAAAAAAAAUUAUGAGUUGGAUACUUGAACAAUUUCUCCAAAACCCGACCCAACCCAUAAUUAGCUCUAAAAUUGUCAAUUUAUCCAACCUCCAAAAGGCCCAAAUCAAAUCAUCAAGAUCCAAAAUUACGUAGUACAAAAUCAUGCUUCAUCCAAUUAUUGAAGGGCAAAUUUGCCAUUUCAUAUUACCAAAAAUGGCUUCCUCUCUUUCAGUUCAGUGUUCAUGGACCUUGCGCUGAAACCUGUGUGAUUCUCUCUCCUCCACUCUCUCUCUCUCUAACUUUCUCUCUCUGAACCUGAAAUUCGAUCUUCAUCAAUUUCACAGCAAAAAAACCCUAAUUUUUCUGGGUUGAAUAACGAAUAGAGAGAAAAAUGCAAAGAAAAGGAUCAAAUCAAAGGUUAUCAUCUUCAAGUAGCAGUAAUAAUACGCUGCUUCGAUCUCGAAUUUCAUUUCUUAUGCUCACCAUGUUAGCCACCAUUGCUUCGUUCUAUGUCGCCGGAAGGUUGUGGCAGGAUGCACAGAAUAGGGUUUAUAUCAUUAAUGAGCUUGACAAAAUAACAGGUCAAGGGCGAAGUGCCAUUUCAGUUGAUGAUUCACUGAAAGUCAUAGCCUGCAGGGAACAACAGAAGAAACUCUCAGCUCUUCAGAUGGAAUUGGCUGCUGCUAAAGAAGAAGGUUUUGUUCCAAAACGUUAUGGGAUUGACAAGGAUAAACCUAAAAAAAGGCCGCUGGUUAUAAUAGGGAUAUUGACAAGUUUUGGCCGCAAAAAUAAGAGAGAUGCGGUUCGCAAAGCAUGGAUGGGAACAGGUGCUGCUUUGAAGAUGAUGGAGAAUGAGAAGGGAAUUGUUGCUCGGUUUGUUGUUGGAAGAAGCGAAAAUCGUGGAGAUAGUCUAGACUUGGAGAUUGACAUUGAGAACAGACAGAACAAUGAUUUCAUUAUCCUUAAUGACCAUGUGGAGACUUCCAAACAGCUACCAAAAAAGACAAUGUAUUUUUUCGCUUAUGCUUCCAAUUGGGAAGCAGAAUUUUACGCAAAGGUCAAUGAUGACGUGUAUGUUAAUGUUGAUGCUCUGGGAAAUACUCUUGCAGCUCAUGUGGAUAAGCCUCGUGUUUAUAUGGGAUGUAUGAAGUCUGGUGAAGUUUUCUCUGAACCGAACCAAAAAUGGUAUGAGCCAGAGUGGUGGAAAUUUGGUGAUGGAAAAUCGUACUUUCGUCAUGCUUCUGGUGAAAUAUUUGUCAUAUCACAUGCGCUUGCAAAAUUUGUCUCGAUAAAUAGAUCUAAGCUCCGCACUUAUGCACAUGAUGAUGUCAGUGUUGGUUCCUGGUUUAUUGGGCUCGAUAUCAAACACAUUGACGAAAAAAAGUUUUGCUGUUCGUCGUGGGCUUCAGGAGCUAUUUGUGCAGGAGUUCGUUGAAGACUUCUAAGUUCUUUUCCUGAUUGCAACCUCAUGAGGACAGCUACUGAUUUCUUCUACAGAGCAAAUUUUUUUCUGUUCAAGAGCCAUGCCUGGAUCCUGGGCCAUAUACAAUACAUCAAAUAUCUUACUUCGCCUUCUUUAUACUGUACUAGAUACAGUCCGAGUAGAUAGCUACAGUGCCUACAGAUGAGUAGGAAUAGGGAGUGAUAGCUAACCACAGCUCGCCUAUACAUACAUCUUGUUUAUACUGCAAAACUGAUGUUUUAAGGCAUCUGUUCUCCUUCUUUCGUAGGAGUCAGGACUGAGGAGCCACGCUAUAUGCUUGUAUUAGAUGCGAUGUCCUCUUUAAAAACUGAGUUCUGUGUAUAAAGCUCAUUGUUCUUGUGAUGUUUACUUAAUGCAAACUAAUUUCUCUAAUUGCUGGAUAGUUUAAUGAUAAUUUUAUACAAUCUUCCCUAA